AUGUUCCACAGGAGAAAACAACCAGUUGCCCCCAAAGGCCCGACACUGAAGCUGGACUCUCCUGAUCCAAUCCCAAUCAUGGAAGCAAGUCCUCCCAGGACGCCUUGGAUCUCCGAAGCCAUCACAAGACUUGGCGGGCCAAUAGCCCAAUGGAUGAACGCACAAGACCAAGCUUAUGCUCGGGUGUCUUUAAAAUUUGUUGGAAUUUUGGCCUUUUUGUCAAUAUUUGUAGUUGUUUCAGGUGCCACUACGGUGGCCUUCAUACCAGUGCUUGCAAUCACUCUAGCGGCUAGUCUCUUGAGUGCCUUUGUCGUGUCCAUAAUUUACCUAGGAUACACUGGAUUCACUGCCGAGGAAGGCUGGGUCAGACGACUCUUGGCACCAUUGGCAGAUCUAUUGCCGCCAUCAGUGGGGGUCAGCGAAGUCGUGAAGAAAAACGGAUCCGCAAAAGUUGCCACAGUCACCGAAAUUGACCCUGACGAUGAAAGAUUGGAAGGUGUCUCCAAUGAUAAGGUAUCGGAACAGCAAAAUUCAGAGGCUGUAUCUUGA